AAUAUUCAAUAAUUCCUGGUGGCUAGUCCAAGCUAUAUACGGGGGCGAAAGCUCCUGUCGUAUACAAGCGACGUGGGGUGAUGACUUUGGAUGUUCCCAAUAUCUAUCUGUCGUUCAGGAUCGCAUGGAAUCGAUUGGGAGUGCAGCAGACCGCGUUUGUUUGAAUUCCUUACGUGGAGGUGAACCCCACCGACGGAAUUGUUGUCCAACAACUUCGCGUUGUCGAAAAACCACAGUCGAAACGUUGAAAACCCCCCAAAAGAUCCAACAAACACACACCUUGAGAUAACUGAAGCUCGGGAAUGCGUUCGCUAUUGAUCUUUUGGAUAAUAACAUCCGAAAUACGGCCCUGCAGUAUUUGCGAACUCUUCUCCAUAGAACUCGGUCAAGUGUCGAUGGAUUGAGCCUAGCACUUUCCCUAGAAGCUGUAGCUCAUCAUUUUUGGUAUUCUAGAUCUUCAAAAUUAUAUAAAGUUCGUUCGAUUAUCCGGCAACCGUCAUUUUUUCAAUUUUCCGCACCAUUUUCGUAUUAAUACACUUUUUUUUUAAACACCUCGCGGAGGAACGGUUUUAACGGACAAAAAACGAAUCGCAGAGCGUAAUUCGUACCCAUGUUUCAGGAUUUACGAGGCUACACGUCAAAUUCCACCUGACAGUGUUCCUAGUGCACUUAUUUUAUGUACAACCCUCGUAUUUAGAUAAAUUUGUUUCGAAUUACGUAUCGUCGGAUCAUUAGCCACUUCCGUUCAUUAAAAAUAUCACUGGUAUUAAUGACGAUUUUCCAAAUUAUUGAAUAGAAUUUUACAUUAUAAAACAUAAUAUUUACGACAUUUUAAAUUGAUUGAUCAAAUGGAAAUGAUAAAUUUCAUUUCGGGAAAAUCGUAGAAAGAACUGGGAAAGUAUAAAAGGGUGGAAUGUAGAAAUCCCAGCUCAGUUAGCUGUUUGAGAGCGCGAAGAGAUGUUGUUUUAUUUUGUAAUUUUUGGAAUUUUAAGUUUUUCUUAUGUAAUCGGCGUAAAUGACAUGUCUGAAGAAACUUGUGAAACUCUACCCUCCGAAAUUCAUUUAACGAAAGAGGAAUACGACGAAUUGGGAAGACUUCAAAGGACAUGCAACGGCGAAAUAGCUGUCAACAAAUGUGAAGGAUCGUGUAAAAGUCAAGUACAACCAUCAGUUAUAACGCCAACCGGAUUUCUGAAGGAAUGCUAUUGCUGCAGAGAAAGUUAUCUUAGAGAAAGAAUAGUUACUUUAUCUCAUUGUUACGAUCCCGAUGGUGUGAGAUUGACGUCUGAAGGUAACAACGCUCUGGACGUCAAACUUAGAGAACCUUCCGAAUGCAAGUGUUUCAAAUGCGGCGAUUUUACUGCUAGUACGACUGAUGAAUGUCAAGUAACGCCUGUCAUACACGUUUUACAGUAUCCUGGAUGCGUACCAAAACCUAUACCUAGUUUUGCUUGUAUAGGGAGAUGUGCAUCGUAUUUACAAGUAUCCGGUAGCAAAAUUUGGCAAAUGGAAAGAUCAUGCAUGUGCUGCCAAGAAUCAGGGGAAAGAGAAGCUUCAGUUUCAUUGUUUUGUCCGAAAGCGAAGCCAGGAGAACGUAAAUUUAUAAAGGUAACCACAAAAGCUCCAUUGGACUGUAUGUGUAGACCGUGUACUGGAGUCGAAGAGAGUGCUGUUAUACCACAAGAAAUGGCGGGGUAUUCUGAUGAAACUCCUUUAUCAGGACAUUUUCUUAAAUCACAUCAAUUGUGAAACAUCUUGACUAUUACAUUUAAUAUUGAAUA